CCGACUACAGCACGGGCAUCCGAUAAACACACACACACACACACACACACCGAGGGAAAGAGAGAGAGAGUCACACACUUGAGCAGAGGAGAGGGUCAAGACAGUCCAAACCGAGCGCUUCACUUCAUUACGCACAGAGAAAUCACGCAGAACACAGUCCACGCCAGCGCUACCGAGCACACAUCAAGAGCUGUGAAGGGACGGGAUUUAAGGAAUUACGCGGUCACGUUGGAGAAUCGAUCGGGUCUAAAGUGAGUUUUUGUGGAUUUGGUGCGUCUGGAGAGCUGCGAGGAUGCGCGUCUCGGUCCUGCUGCUGCUCUGCGCUCUUUACGCAGGAGACGCGCACAAACUCUCCGCGCUCACGUUUCUGCGCGUGGAGCAAGAUAAAGAAUGCAAUACGGAUUGUUCUGGAGCUCCUCGCAAGCCGCUGUGUGCAUCAGAUGGACGGACCUUCAAUUCCCGCUGCGAGUUUCUCCGUGCAAAGUGCCGUGACCCUCAGCUGGAAGUCAUACGAGGGUCAUGCAAAGAUACGUCCAGGUGUGUAGCAGAGAAGAAAUACACAGAACAGCAAGCCAAGAAACUCUUCCCACAGGUGUUCGUUCCUGUCUGCAACCCUGACGGAACCUACAGCGAGGUUCAGUGCCACAGCUACACUGGUUAUUGUUGGUGUGUGACACCCAGUGGCAGACCCAUCAGCGGCUCAGCAGUAGCCAAUAAGAAACCUCAAUGUCAAGGGUCCAAGAACGGUAAAGUGAAUCCGAAGGAACCAGGAAAAUCAGUUUCCUUGCAAAUCUUCUCCAUUCUAAAUGCAGAUCCGCCAACGUUUUUCGUAGUGGAAACCCAGCCAUCUGCUGAUGAGGAAGACAUCAUCUCUCAGUACCCCACACUCUGGACAGAACAGGUCCGCAGCCGACAAAACAGGACAAGAACACAAUCGACCUCAUGUGAUCAGGAGCAGCUGUCAGCACAGGAAGAAGCAAGACAACAUAAAAACGAAGCAGUUUUUGUGCCGGAUUGUGCUCACGGUGGCCUCUACAAACCCGUUCAGUGCCAUCCCUCCACCGGGUACUGCUGGUGUGUCCUGGUGGACACUGGACGACCCAUACCUGGCACAUCCACAAGAUUUGAACAGCCAAAAUGUGAUGGAAACGCAAGAGCCCAUCCAAACAAACCAAAGGACCAUUACAGGAGCAGACACCUGCAGGGAUGUCCUGGGGAGAAGAAGACAGAAUUCCUGACCAGCGUGUUGGACGCGUUGUCCACAGACAUGGUCCAUGCAGUAACUGACCCAGCCUCUGCCGGCAGGAUGUUGGAGCCUGACCCCAGUCAUACUCUGGAAGAGCGAGUUGUUCACUGGUAUUUCAGUCAGCUUGACAAGAAUUCCAGCGGCGACAUCGGAAAGAAAGAAAUCAAACCGUUCAAGCGUUUACUGCGCAAGAAAUCCAAACCCAAGAAAUGUGUGAAGAAGUUUGUGGAGUACUGCGACAUCAGCAACGAUAAAGCCCUGUCUCUACAGGAACUGAUGGGCUGUCUGGGUGUCACUAAGGAAGAGGGGGCAAAAACAGGUGAAGGCACAACAUCUAGUAAACUGAACCUGUCAAAGAAGCAAGGUUGAAGUGGCCGCUGCGAUUGUUCCCGCUCCCAUCCCGCAGAUCCUGCCCCCACCAAAACGACGAUGGAAACCAUAGUCUUUGCACUUUGUACUUUAAAACAAUGUAAAUUCACUUUGUAGAAAAAUAAGGUAUUUAAACAGACUGCUGAAUAUGUGAAUGAUGUAGUUAGCAUUUUUAUGUCCUUACAACAAACAACAAAAAGAAUAAUAAUAAUUUAACACAUACAAUGUAUGUGUCCUUUGUGAGUCUAAAAUAAGUAUACUUUUCUAAGUUGUACAAGUUGUAUUACAUGUUGCAUUUGUCAAGGCCAUCUUUGUUGUUACGUAUUUUGUUUGUCGUUUCUUUGGCUAAUUUCUGGGUAGCUUGUAAUGCAUCUAAACUGAGUUUUUUAGACGCCUCGACCAAAUCCCAACUACUGCCUGAGCUUGGAAUUAUUACUGAUUGUAGUCCUGUACCACACAUGAAAUGGUAGACAGAUCAUUUUGCUGAAAGUGCUUCAUGAUGAUUAGAAAUAAAGAAGUCUUUUAUAAUAUUUUUGUUAUUGUGAGGGUGUGUAAGAGCAUUCACUGAAUCUGCAUGCAGAAGCUGUAGAGGAAAAACAAACAAACAUUCAUUACAAGUGGAUAUCUUAAUGACAUCUAAAAAUUUGUUUUAAUCUGAGAAGAACAUUUACAUGCAUUAUUCUGUUUUUCCUUUUGUAUUUCCAUCAAUGACCUAAAACUGACCUCAUUAUUUUACCUCUGGGUGUAAAGUAUGAUAAGCAGAUCUGGUGUUGGAUCUGUGAGAUCAGAUGCCGCGCUUUGUGAUUUUAACACAGCAGGGAAUGUAAAGAAGGGGAUCAGUUGUUGAUGCCUAAAAGAUGUCAAAUUCAGGAUUUUAAAACAGCCCAGCUGCUGCCUGAACCCCUCCUGCGUUAUAUCCAGAGUGCUUCUGCGUUGUAUGCAGAGUGUUUUUUGUCACUCUUCUGAUGAAUAUGUCAUUCACUUGUUUGACAAUGUACACACACAAAGAAAUUUUGGUCUUAUUUUUUUUUUUAUGUUUCUAAUCUCAUUUUGUAAGU